AUGGUGAGCCGGGCGUUGGUCUCUGCCGGGUGGCUCUCCGGAGCCCUCAAAGCCAAGAGGGCCCCUGCCCUGAGGGUGCUGGACACCACCUGGUACUCCCCCGGAGGUAAGGAUGCCAGGAAGGAGUUUGCAGAGCGCCAUAUACCUGGCGCCUCCUUCUUCGACCUGGAGCAAAGCAAAGACCAGCAGUCGCCCUACGAGAUGAUGUUGCCCAGCGAGUCCCAGUUUGCCAAGUACGCCGGCGAACUGGGCAUCAGCAACAGCAGCCACGUGGUGGUCUACGACUCCGACAGCUCGGGCAUGCUCUACGCCCCCAGGCUUUGGUGGAUGUUUCGGGUUUUCGGACACAACAAUGUGUCGGUGCUGGACGGGGGUCUCACCAACUGGGUGAAGCGGGGGCUCCCGGUGACGUCGGAGGUGACGCAUGUGAAGCCGGAGAUGUUCCGGGCGACGCUGAACCGUUCGCUGCUGAAGAACUUCGAAGACGUCAAGGAGAACAUCUCCAGCAGAAGGUUCCAGCUGGUGGACGCCAGAUCCGAAGGAAGGUUCCGGGGUCCGGAGCCAAAGGCGGGAGAAGUGGGCAUUGAGCCCGGUCACAUCCCCGGAUCGGUGAAUCUUCCUUUCACCAAUUUCCUGACCAAGGACGGUUACGAGAAACCUGCGCACGAGAUCCGCCAGCUGUUCCAGGAGCGAGGGGUGGACCUGACCAAGCCCCUGACUGCCACCUGCCGCCGGGGGGUCACCGCCUGCCACCUAGCUCUGGCCGCGUUCCUGCUGGGGAAGGAAGACGCGGCCGUCUACGACGGUUCCUGGUCGGAAUGGUUCCACCGCGCAGCAGCCGAGCACAAGGUCUUCUAGAAGAGGAACAGGGGGUGAAAAAGACGAACGGCCGCAAUGGACUUUAUUAUAUCAGCCCCCCCAGAUCCUGCGAGGUGCGGCCUCCACGGAGGGGACUUCAUCCGCUCAAUCAUCUCUAAGUCCCCUACUUGAUCUCUUGGUGAUGUUCCUCAUUCCUGAAAAAUGUCUGCAGAGUGGCCGGGGGGGGGGGCCAUUAUCCUGCUGAUAGAGGCCGCUGCUAUUAGGGGUCCGGCUGCCAUGAAGAGGGGGAGUUGGUCAGUACAAUGGUUAGGUAGACGGUACAUGUCACAGUAACAUCCACAUGAGACCUAGACACCAAGGUCUCCAGCAGAACAUGGCCCAUCACACUCCCCCCUCCCCCCCCCCACAAUAGGCAUGUCUUCUUCCCAUAAUGCAUCCUGGUGCCAUCUCUUUCCCAGGUAGAGGACACACACGCACUCGGCCGUCCACAUGCUGGAGAACAUCAUCCAUUACACCAGACACCUUCUAUUGCUCCAGAUGGAGACACUUUUCAGUGGUGGACAUGGAUCACAUGGGCUCUGACCAGGCUAUGAGGCCCCAUAUACAGCAGCUGUGAUGUCCUGUGUGAUCGGACUCCUUACUAUCAUAUCCAGCAGGAAGUUUUUCAGCAGCAGCUCAAAUGAGAUCUGACCAGAUAAGAGUCAUCACCGCCCCCAAGAGUAGUAACCGCUCCCUACAAAGA